AAUUAAAAAAAAAAAAGAAAAAAAGAUGAAGUCCAGUCGGCGCAGCCACUGAGCGCCUGCCCGGGUGGGUGGGAAUCAGGACUCCAGCGCUCAUGCGGCCAGCGGGCUCUAGUUCCUAGAGGCUGGGGCAGCUGGGAGCGCCGGUCCAUCCCGCGGCGGAGGGCGGGGGAGGGCACAGGGGGAGGGUGCAGAGCACCCGCGGAACCAGCGCCGCCUCAACCUCGGCUGCUGCGCCUCCGCCGCCUCUCCGGUCUCCGGGCCGGGCCCCGCGAGCGCUAGGAGCGUGAGGGCGCGGGCUAGCGGGGACCCGGGUGCGGGCGGCUAAAAUGAGUGAAAGGAGAAGAUCUGCAGUCGCCCUGAGCUCGCGAGCACAUGCCUUCUCUGUUGAAGCCUUGAUCGGCUCAAAUAAAAAGCGGAAACUGCGAGACUGGGAGGAGAAGGGGCUGGACCUGUCCAUGGAGGCGCUGAGCCCCGCAGGCCCACUCGCAGACACGGAGGACGCGGGGACACACAGCCUGGAGCCCCACCCGGAUUCUGAACAGAGCACUGGGUCAGACUCUGAGGUGCUUACUGAGCGAACCUCCUGCUCCUUCAGCACUCACCCUGAUUUGGCCUCAGGAACCACAGGUCCUGUGCCUGCCACCAUGUCUUCCAUGGAGGAGAUUCAGGUGGAACUGCAAUGUGCUGACCUCUGGAAGAGGUUCCACGACAUUGGAACCGAGAUGAUCAUCACCAAAGCAGGCAGGAGGAUGUUUCCUGCCAUGAGGGUGAAAAUCACUGGCCUGGACCCACACCAGCAGUACUACAUAGCAAUGGACAUUGUGCCUGUGGACAAUAAAAGAUACAGAUAUGUGUAUCAUAGCUCCAAGUGGAUGGUAGCUGGCAAUGCUGACUCUCCUGUGCCUCCCAGGGUUUAUAUACACCCCGAUUCCCUAGCUUCUGGAGACACCUGGAUGAGGCAGGUGGUCAGUUUCGACAAACUCAAGCUGACCAACAAUGAACUGGAUGAUCAAGGCCAUAUCAUUUUGCACUCUAUGCACAAAUACCAGCCUCGAGUUCACGUGAUUCGUAAGGACUUCAGCAGCGACCUUUCACCCACCAAGCCUGUCCCUGUGGGGGAUGGGGUGAAAACAUUCAACUUUCCCGAGACGGUGUUCACCACAGUCACAGCCUAUCAGAACCAGCAGAUCACCAGAUUAAAAAUCGACCGAAACCCUUUUGCUAAAGGAUUCAGAGAUUCUGGGAGAAACAGAACUGGACUCGAAGCCAUUAUGGAGACUUAUGCAUUCUGGAGACCUCCAGUGCGCACACUCACCUUUGAGGAUUUCACCACCAUGCAAAAACAGCAAGGAGGCAGCACAGGCACUUCCCCAACCACCUCCAGCACUGGGACACCAUCCCCUUCAGCUUCUUCUCAUCUUUUAUCUCCAUCCUGUUCUCCUCCCACUUUUCAUUUGGCCCCCAACACUUUCAACGUGGGCUGUCGCGAGAGCCAGCUGUGUAAUCUAAACCUCUCUGAUUACCCACCAUGUGCCAGAAGCAACAUGGCUGCCUUGCAGAGCUAUCCAGGGCUGAGUGACAGUGGCUACAACAGGCUCCAGAGUGGCACUGCUUCAGCCACUCAGCCCUCUGAAACCUUCAUGCCUCAGAGGACUCCAUCCCUGAUCUCAGGAAUACCAACUCCUCCCUCGUUGCCCAGCAACAGCAAGAUGGAAGCCUAUGGUGGCCAGCUGGGGUCCUUCCCCACUUCCCAGUUUCAGUAUGUCAUGCAGGCAGGCAAUGCAGCCUCCAGCUCCUCAUCACCACACAUGUUUGGGGGCAGCCACAUGCAGCAGAGCUCCUACAGCUUCUCCCUCCACAACCCCUACAAUCUAUAUGGAUACAAUUUCCCCACCUCCCCCAGGCUAGCUGCAAGCCCAGAAAAACUGAGCGCCUCUCAAAGCACUUUACUCUGUUCUUCUCCUUCCAACGGGGCCUUUGGGGAGAGGCAGUACCUGCCCACAGGGAUGGAGCACAGUGUGCACAUGAUCAGCCCUUCGCCUAAUAAUCAGCAGGCGACCAACACUUGUGAUGGCCGGCAGUAUGGGGCAGUCCCAGGCUCCUCCUCCCAGAUGUCCGUACAUAUGGUCUAAAGAGCAGUCCGGCACCAUGGAGACUGUGGCAGUCAAGACCCUAUCAAGACAGCAGAGUCUCCCUGGGUAGAGCUUCCUGUUUAGGAGCCCAUACCUUUGGAAAACAGGAACUGUGUAUUUUUUCUUUUCUGGAGGAGGAAAGCAUAUAGAGAAGAACAAGAGACAUUUUUUUGGCCACUGAAGGCUAUUUGCAGUGAACCAUCCAUAACCUAGUGGCCACUCUCCUGCCUUCCCAAACCUGAGUUUUAUAAAGCAUAUUGUCUAUGUCAGACUGGCCUUGGAAGAGACUGAAUAAUAAUCGUUUAAAAAUAAUGUUAAAGGAGAUGCUAGCAUGUAGCAGCCAUGAAAAAAUACAGACACACACAAGCAGUCCUACCUAUACAUACUUACCUGCAUACAUACAUGUGCACAAUGACCAUACACAGAGUCAUAUGUACACAAACAUCCUGCACACUGACUCAGAACUGGGCAAACUCUGGCGGAGGCCCAGAAUGGGUGCUUGUCUAUGUACAACAAAAGUGGACUGGGCCACAGUAACUGCCAGCCUUUCUUCUUGCAGCUUACCCCAUUUCUGGAAUGAACCAUGUGUUCUGGUACCCCUCUCUGUCCAUGAAAGUGGAAAGACAUCAGCACUACAACUGGACUUGGCUUCCUGAAAGAGAUUGCUUUUUAACUUUGGUUCUCUUCACUCAGUGUGCCAUCACUGAUGUUCCUGUGGUGCCUGUGAAGAGAGGGAGGGAGAGCAGCUGAAAGAGAGAGAGAAAGAGAAAGAAUAGAGAGCAGGAGGGCGUGGAGAGCAAGACUGAGAGAGGUGCGAACAGUGAGGAGUGUUUAAAUUCGCCAAGGAAAUUUGUUUGGGUUUGUUUACCCCCCAACAGGUUAUAGAAAGGAUCAAUGGUGUUACUGGGGAGCAAGUCUCCUUGGGACACUGUAUAUGUCCAGAGCACCAGUGAGAGGGGCUGCGGCAAGGAAUGCCUCUUGAUCCCACAGCUCUGACCAUUGUACCCCAGGAGAGAGGUGCACUGCCUGGGAAGUGCUGAUUCCACAGCAUGCAACCUGGCAGUGUGAGCAAACCACAAAUGUGUGGAGAAGGAAGAAUUUUAUUAUUCCCCAGGUGAUACAAAGAGCAGAGGCUGCAGUAAUAGAGGCUUGGCCUUCGCAUGCCAGAUCCAGACCCCUGACCCUACCGCCUGCCUGCCAGCCCCUGUAGUGUCCCAGGGAACUGCUGAUGGGUCUUUCACAUGUUUCCACCUGCCGGUAGAUCUCCAUUUUUAUCAGUUCAUUGCAUUUUGAAGUUUUGGGUUUUUUUCCUUCAUCUUUCCUUUUCCCCCUCAAGCCCUUUAAUGCUAAGAAAGCAAGUGAAGCUUGAUGCAAGCUAAAACUUUUAAACGGUGUGGAAAUGCAAAUAAUACCAAGUAAAAUAAUACAGAUAUUACUAAGAUUUUUGGUUUUGAGGUGUUGUAGAUAAAUGUAUUUAUAUGCCUAGUGGGGUACCCAAUAUUAUGAAUAUUAAAAAAGGGGCAAUAAAAGGGUAUGUAAAAUAUGUAUGAAGAAAAGGUGUAUAAAAAUUUGCCCGUAUGCACGGAACUGUUUCAAAGUGCCAAGCACAGAAAGCCGCUAAAUAAAAUCUUUGCAAUUGUUUUCCGUGUGUUUGUUCAUACAGAAAAAAUUAAAUAAUAGCCUUGUGCAUUUGCCUUCUUGUUAGCAUGGAACUUUCAUACACACUACUAUGUGACCUUCUACAGACCCCAUAAAGUAAAUCUUGCCAGCCUUAUUUUAUGAUUAGUAACUGAGCUUCGGAGAGACUGAAUGAAUUAUCCAGGAUCAUACAACCCAUCAGAGGGAGAACUAUAAGACUUGAAACCAGGUCUAAAGACUUUGAUGGGAUGUUUGCUUUCAUAUUGGCUGCAGAAACCUGUGCCUCUCACAGUAAUCCUCACUGCUGUAUGCCAUGUACUAUUCAUGUCACUUACACGAUUGUCUCAUUCUCCAACAUUUUUGAGAGAUGGAUAUUAUUGUCAUCAUGAUUUUGUAAGUCUGGAUGCAAGCUUAUAAAAGGUUAAUGUUUGACCGAGACUCUCAGGUAGCAAAUGGUGGAGCUGGCAAGGCUGACCUUCAGGUCUGUGCAAGUAGCAUGAUGUCAUUAUGCCAGCGCUUCGGACAAUCCAAAAAGAAGACAUGUCCUCAGGGGCUGGGGCAAGUAUGCCUCUGAGGCUGAAUUUUGCUUAAUAUGUUUAAUUGAAAAUCUGUACUGUCCUCACUGAAUGCAUCUCUGAAGCAUGGGAGGAGACGGUGUCAUGAACCAAGUGACAAUUUAUAACAAACUAAUAAAAGUGUUUGGGCUAUGACAGUUAUAAGCACAUUCACACAUAUCCUAUUUGAGCCUCACAGCAGUCAUGAAGGGUGGACAAAAGGCAGGAAGUACUGCUUGAUGGUCAAGGUGUGACUGGCCCAUACUUAUGUGUCUGGGAAACAGCAGAGCCAGGAUGUGAGGCUCCUGCUCUUAUCCUUAUCCAAGGAUGUUUUUUGGUGGACAGUUACACUGUUUGCUCACUGACUCAGUUUACUGGGACACGACAUGGGGGACUCUGGAUGCCAACCACCAAACUCAUUCACUGGAAAUGGAGCUGGGUUUGGAGGUGGGGUCAGAAACCUAAAUUAAUCAUUGCUUUCAGUGUAUAAAUAACUUCAAAGCAUGGCAUGCCAGUUAAUUCCAUUAGCCAUCAAACGAUUGCCAAAAUAGCUGAGACAAUGACCAACUCGUACCUCCAGGUGUUUGAGUAUGACCUGUCUCAAAACUUAAAAAGACACUCAUUCCUAUUAGGAAACCUUGUAUUUCCCAUUGGCAUAGUGGUAGGUCAAAACCAACUACAUGCUAUACUUUGGGCUAUUUCUCUCUGAUUUAUUAGUAUACCAAAUAUUGUUCAUUGGUUUAGUGCCAUUGAGGUUUUAGGCAACCAAAACUUGACACAGAAAUCUUCAUAUUCAACAGUAAGAGUAAUAAUUUGAUUAAUCAUUUUGAGUAUUAAAUACAGAAUUCUAUAAUUUGAAUUUGUCAGAACAAUCCAAAACAGUUACAUCCAAGUUUUGUUUCCUUCUGUAUUUGAGCAAGUAAGAAAAAAUUUUAAAAACACAAACUGGAUAAAGAAUUGCCAAGAAUAUGCCCUUUCAAUUCUCUUUAAUGAAGUAAUGAAAAUCCAAUGUACUCAUCACACUGAUUGCAUACAAAAGGCAGUUUACUAGGAUUAUUCCUAUGUGGUUUAGAACACUCCAUCCUUGUUCAUUUUUCCUGGAGAAAGGCUGCCUCAUUCACCUUUGCAUCCUCAAUACCUGGAUCAGCUCCUGGGUUUUCAUAGAAGCUCAGCACAUAAUGUAUUCUUGAGUUUGUUGACCAAACCAUUUUCAAAGAUAGUAAAAAAUGAUUGCAUGCUGAAUUAUUGAUCAUCCCAAAUUAUAUGGGCCUAAAUUAACAAUUUUUGUUGUUCUUAAUGUAGUAUUCUGUGAAAAAUAUAAAUUUAAUUUAGAUAACAGCUAGCAAAUGGUCAUACAUAAUGCAGGGAACUAAUAUGUGCCAUGAUUUUUUUUGAAAGGGACUUUUCAGGCAGUCAUCCAUGUGAAGCAAAUGAUAUCAAAGGCUCUGAAAAUUUAGAAAAAAUGCUUAAGGUAUGGAGGUGAGGCUGAGAUUCUUUUCAUUCAUUAAGGAGAAAGAACUUGAAUUGAGCAUUGAAGGUUGCUUGGAGUUUUGUAGAUAUAAGAAAUUGGUGAGUUUAAUAAUGAAAUAACCAUUUUAAAAGACAAUAAGUUUUCGAGGAAAAAUGAUAGAAUUUCAGUUAAAAGUGAACAAUGUAACAAAGCAGGAAACAUUCAUAAACUUCUCUGUCUCUCUCUCUCUUUUGCAGUGCAGGGAUAAAACCCAGGUUCUCACUCAUGGUAGGCAAGUGCUGUACCACUGAGCUA